CAUACGAAUGAGAUCUUUGGAUGCGCCAUUUUUCUUCUAAUAAUAAGGGUGAAUUUACACGAUUUCCAAUUUACGCUUAUGUUCAACGAGAAUAAGAAUAAAGAUUUUGAUGGUAUAUUAGGAACAUGACGCGGGAUUAUUUCUUUUUUCAAUGAUUAUAUUACUAAGAUAAGAGUAUAGAGUUUUUCCCUUUUCUUAUUUCUUUUCUUUCUUUUUUUUUUUCAUACGAAUGAGAAUAUGAUAUAUAGUAAGGGAGGAAGAUACGAAUUGUAAGUUUCUUUCGAUGAUAUCUUUUCAGGAUAUGGUUAUAAUGGUACAUUUAUCGGAAUGCGAAGAGUUAGAAAUAAUAUAUACCUAUCGUUAUACAAUGGCGAUAUAACUAAUAGAAUAUAGACUUGCAUAUACCUAUGCACGUUAAAGAUCAAUAGUGUUCUCGAGAAGGAAUCGUGCGCAUCGUUCUUCUGAAUUUGUCCUUGACAUAUUGUUUUAGUGAAUCCAAAAUUACUACUCAAAAUCGCACGUGAAAAUAGAAUAAAAAUUUAUUUGAGUGUUACUGAGAAGCAUAAUAUUAUUUCGAAUAAAUUUACGAAGUUUUAAGUGAAAUACCUUGCAUUUUCAAGUAAAACGUUACAUCAACAAUGUAUACUAUACAGCGUGAAAAGAUAGGCAUAGAGAAAAAUUAUUUGUAGCAACAUUUGUUAUCUUACAUUAUGCAAUAUUUUUAUCAGCUUUUUUCUUUGUGUAGAAAUCUUAACACGGUACAGUCAAUAAUUACCGAACUAACAAUCGAUAUGUAUGUGGAGUGAAUAAACUUGUUCGUUUGAAAUUCUCUCGAUAACGAGUAAAUCGAACGUUUUAAUAAAAAUUUCCAUCAGUAUCGGUCGAUUAGCAAGGUAGUCGACUUAACCUCUAAACAGUAUGACGAAAGAAUUGCAUAAAAGUCUUAUAAAUUAUUUUACGUAUUUAAAGAAAUUAGACGAAAAAUGGUUGGAAUUAUUCACAGCUGCGGAAAGACCGUUGCAAGCUUUAAAAAAUCAAUGCGAACAAUUACAUUUUGUCUCGAGUGAAGAUGUCGAUAACGAAGAAAUCUGUAUGAUCGAUUACGCGCGAGAAAAACUUAUUUUUAAAAUUUUCAUCGGAAUUGAAAAUGAAAUUUCCCUUUUACAAGAUACAUUACAGCGUUUAAAUGACGCCAUUCAGGAUUUAAAAAAUCGACUAACAAAUUUGGAAAAAUCUCGGAGUAAUAUUUCGUUACAUGACGAAGAUAUGAAAGAUAUUGUAAAUGGAACACCUUAUAGGCCAAAAUUAAAUUUACUUUUAGAAUGGGCUAUCGAAGGCUUUCAAUAUUAUCACGAGUUAUAUCUUUCUAUUAAUAAAAGUAUGAAAGCGAUGGAUUAUAAAAAUGAAGAAUCAAUUGAUAACUUUGCAGAUUCUUUUGUAGAAGAUCGUUACAAAAGAAUCAAAUUAAAUAGGAUACUAGCUUUUACUCAAUUUUUAAUAAUGGAAAAGGUUCAAUAAAUACUAUUAAACAAUUUCUACUA